GGAUCGUCGAGCAAUGUGGCGUGGACCUACACCGAUCAACAGAGAUCAACAGGCGGGAGGAUCAGGUGAUUUGUGGCGAGGCGCCGGGCGAGCACGCGGGCCGGUUAUGGAAGGGGCGUGGAGAGCAGGAUGCCUCGUGGCGGAGGCGAGGCGAGACUAUAUUGCGCCCCCGCAGAUGAGCUCGCCGUUCCCUUCUCCUCGUUCGCCUCCUCCCUGGCAAGCGCUUCUCUGCGAGGGGCCCCUCCGGUCCAUAAGUGCUCGGAGCGAGGUGCGUCGGGGUCCUCGUCCUCUUCCGUUCCCGCCACGGACGCCCAGUGUCUGGCCACAACCUUGUACACGAUCUCUUUACGACCCUCCACGACUGGUCUCCCCUCUACCUCGGCUCGACCAGUGACCCUCUAGCUGCCUCUGCCACGUCUAGUACUGUCACUAUGGGUCUGCUUAAGAAGAUGAUGGCCUCAUUGAGCCCUCCCAGCGCACCGAAGCACCUGCCCGUGCCGCUCCCCGAGCUCUCGGUGGACUCCCCGCCGGGUCAGAGUUGGUCCUCAUCGGGAAGCUCAAGCUGCAGCUCCCCAUCUCCGACCACGCCCUCGCCACGCUCGAGCCCUAUCGCAUACCGCGCGCCAUCGAAGCUCUCUGGGAAGAGGUCGGGGACGCCACAGGACGCCUACGCCGACAUCUCGCGCUACUCGUCACCGGACCCCGCGUUAGAGAAGAAGUCCCGCUCGCGUCGGACGUCCUCGCCUUCGGUGGACAUCGUGAAGCCCACCCCGCGCCGUGCGUACGUCCCCAUAACACCGUCGACGACGGUCAUGAACGCUGUCCUGCCCCCGACGCCGGACAUGCUCAAGCCCCCGAUCAAGGGCAUCCUGAAGCCUCCACGUCCCGCCACCGCCGCCCCAUCCGAGGCCUCCAGCUGGACGCCACCACCGAUUCACUCGCCUCGAUCAGCAUCGUCCGCGUCUAAUCGUCCUACCCAGGACGUGCCGCUCUCCCUACAUUGGCAGCUGCUGCCACCAGUUGAGCGGCCAUGGAACCCAGCUAAUCGAUACCCCCGCCAACGGCUUUACUUCGACAUCACGAAGCCGCCAUCCACUAUCAAGAUUCGCGACUACUCGGAGAUGCCGCCCAAAGUUACGAGGGGGAGCAAGAUCAAGGACGCGCUGGCUAAGCCAGCCAGCAACGGCAACCUGUCGAGUAUGACCAUCAAGUACGACAAGAUACCAGGCGCGGUGAUCCAUAUCGCCGCGAAAGACGGGUCGACCGUGCGAUGUGGCGAGGUCUUCGACGCGAUCUAUGAGUUCUUCGACAGGGUCUUGACGCCGGACGAGCGGUCGGACUUGAUCCCCACGGUAGCGCAGCUGAAACGCGUCGAGACGGCAUUCGUGCGCAGAUGCCAGGACAGCCAUCGCGCGGUGCCAUUGGCGGAGCAGUAUGAGGGGAUCCGCUUCGUCGAUCUGCUCGAGGGGAACACUGUGUUCCACGGGUUGAUGCGGCCACUCAACGAGAGGCGCAGCCCCGAGAAGUACUGGGUCAUCGAGUUCGGCCCUUGCGAGACGCACUGAAAUUAUGAUUGUACUCUCUGUAUUAUACCAUCAUAUGGCCAAGCUAAUCGUAUUGCUCGACAUUGCUCGACCGCCACAACACCUCCACCACUCGUUCAUGGUUGCAGCCCUCUCCCGGUCUCCCUUAACGUAUGAUAACCCCCGCUCAGGCUCGGGUGUCAUGCCCAUGUGACACACGCCUUCCCCACACAUCAUUCACUCAUGGAUCUCCCUCAUCGCCCUCCCUUCAUUCAAUCGCUUCGCUCGGAUAUCCCACAUGCAUCCCACCCCACGUCUUCCGCAUUCGCAAACCAUCAUCAUUCCUGCAUAGCCCGCUUUCCCGCAUCUCGCGCACAUCCCCC